CAGCGCUUCAGCAGCAGCAGCAGCAGCAGCAGCAGCAGCAGCAGUAACAGCAGCAGUAGCAGUCAAAGUCGUAUUGUGUGGCAAGCUUAAGCAGCAGCUUAUCCGUUACUUUUUGGCUCGUGCUUGCAAGCGUCGCUUACAACUGCAAAAGAUUGCUUAAAGUCGCGUGUCGCCCAUUUUUUUUAACGCUUUGGUGAUUUUCAGUUUUGCAUAAUUUACAUUUAUUUUUCGUACCCAUGCUCUUUGUGUGCUCAAUACGCGAUUUUAGUUUGCAGCGCGAGUUUUUCGGUCAUCAUUAAACGAUAAGAUUGAGUAAAAGAGCUUAAGCAACAAAUAAAUAUAAUUAAAGGAUUAGGUUUCACAUAUACAAAGCCAACUGGACGCAAGUCGCUAAAAGCUUGAACACAUCCACGUCCGCAUCCACAUCCGCAGCGAGCGCUUGUUGAGUAAGAGGAAAAGACGUACGCAUAUUAAACUUCAGUAUGAGCAACAGUGCCAUGGUCGCUGUGGCCAUCUGCUGCAUCUUGGUGCUGCUGGCGGUGUUCAUUGUGAUCAUCAUUGUGGUUGGCCAGCAGUUUGAGGAGCCCAAAUGAGAUAUGCUCCAGCUGGGACCUGGCAACUUCCCAGAUGGAUAACAGAGGAUAUCAAAUUGUUAAUUGCGCCCAACACACAGUUCGCGGGCCAAUAAGCAGUGCCAACCACAACCACAACCACAACAACAACAACAAACAGCAUGCCGCCGUUUACGAUCGAUGCCAACAUAAUCAUAAUCACACAAUCAGCGUAGAAUCUCCAAUCCACACAGAAUCCCAUAUGCGACGAGUGAAGGAGAAAGGAUAAGGAGAACUGUCGGAGCAAGCAAGAGGAAAAGAGCGAUAAAGGGCGAUAUCAAAUAGAGAGCGAAACGAGAGAGAGCGAGAGAGAGAGAGAGAGAGCGAGAGAGAGAGAGAGCGCAUCCCAUCGUCAGUACCCAUUGGCUGUGAUGUGAAAUUAUUAGGAUAUGUGAACAAAAUUAACAAAAUAAAUUUUGAUCAUUCCUCACGCCGAAGACAUUCUAUAAGUAGUAGUUAUCCUUGUGUGUUAAGUGUUGUUAUGAAUUAAACUGCAUAUAUUCAUGUA